AUGUCAACAGUGAGAGCAAUUAACCUUGUGCUUCCUGAGACUGAGGUGUAUUUGGCUGGCUCCAGCAUAGAUGGCCAACUGGUUCUGAACCUCAGGAGUACCCUGGUGGACCCUAUAGUGAAGGUGGAGCUUGUGGGAAGAGGCUACCUGAGAUGGCUUGAGGAGGAAAAUCCUGAAUGGGACUAUGAGAAGAGCAUGGCUUGCACCAACCAGGCUGUCUACAUCUCCAAAACACAGAAUUUUCGCAUAGAGGAUGGAUGGCUGGAUCCUGGGGUCCACACCUUUGACUUCCACUUCAACUUUCCUUCAAGUAUUCCCUCCACAUUCAACAGCGAAAUUGGCUGCAUCUCCUACUUUGUUCAAGGGACUUGCUGCAGUGGCCAAGUUGUCUUAGCUAAAGAGGAGAGAUGUUUACUGCUGCAAGGAAUUGCUGGUAACCACAGAAGACCCAUGAAAGACAUGGCCCCACUGGUGGUGGAAGCUAGGAAAGAUAUAGUUUAUUUCUGCUGCUUCAGACGUGGCUCCGUGAUCCUUCGGAUUUCCUUGGAGAAAAAUAUAUUUUGCCCUGGUGAGACCAUUGUUUUCAUGACAGAUAUCGCCAACAGGACAUGCAAGUAUGUUAAAAAGCUCAUUUUCGCUUUACGCUGCAUUGUCCUGUAUCAGGGCUUCAGCAGUAGGGGAGAACCAUGCUCCUUGGAAGACCAAAGCGAGGUGACAAGGUUGGAGUCCCAGACAGACACAGCUCCCUUUGAGACCAUGAGACUUACCAGUGCACUGGUUUUGCCAAAACCCAUGCCUGUCACCAGCACUGUCAUGGAAAAUAAAAUCAUGGCAUUUAGAUAUGAGCUGGUAGGCACCUCUAGCCUUCCUUGUACCAUGUCCACCAUCAUGGCCAGAGUGCCCAUCAUUAUAGCAGCCACACCAAAGCAUUUCUCUGUGGAGCAGAAAACCAUGACUCUGCAUGAAAAUGAAGGUGACCUCUCAAAGGGGGUGAGCCUUCACAGAGACAAUUCUGAGGCUGACCCAGGAGCAAUGGCCAGCAGAUCCACAGAAUAA